AUUCUUAUUUUGUAUUUAGUAAAAUCAUAAACACUCACAGGUAACCCAUGCUUCCUGUUCAAGGUUUGAAAAUACCCGAAAACUGACGGAAAGAAACGAAGAGACUCAGACUUUGAGAACUAUCCCGGGAAACGAUCGGGUGAUCGGCGAGUGUCGGGUGUUGCCGGAAAUGGCCGACGACUGUACUCGGAAGCGAGGCGGGACGGGGGCGUGGCCCGCUCUACACGCGGGGCGGCUUCGGGUGUUUCCGGAAACUACCGAAAACUCGCUUGAAGUGGGCGGGGGCGGCUAGUGGGCGUGGCUGGAUGGCUCCAGGGUACCUGGAGUCGCUUCGUAGAUUUCCGUAAACAGAGCCGAAGCUUCGCCUUCGGAAUCAAGGAGGCGCGCGCGUACCCAGGGGGUUACCUUCUUCGGCUGUUUCCGGAAUUCACCCGUAGUCUGUGACCGGGAAGAGAGGCACUCCCCCUCCCGUUCCUAACAGCUUCGGAUAUUUCCGGCUGUUGCCGGCGGAAAGAGCCGAGGGCCGGCGGUGGUGGCGGCCAUGUUGGGAGCAGCAGGUCCGGCGGCGGCUGCCUGUGUGCCGGGCGCGGAGCAGUGCCGCUGAGGGCAGGGGAGGAGCGAGGCAGGCGGCCGGCUGCGGCGGCAGAAAGUAGGCGGAGCGGCGCGGCCCGGCCGAAAGGCGGCACAGCCCAGCCGGGGGUCGGGGGGGGUGCGGUCCGGAGCCGCUCGGAGCGGGCGCGGCCUAGCUCGAGCGGCGCAUCCCCGGGCUGGCGUGAGCGGCUGCCCGGCCUCCCCGCACCCCCGGCCGGGGCCCAUGCGGCCGGUUCUCCUCCUGUGAGAAGCCCCGCCCGGCCGGGCUCCGCGCCUUCCCUUCCCUCCCUUCCUGUAAGCUUCUCGGUUCCCUCCCUGAGAUACCGGCGCCAUGUCCAGCGCCCGGACCCCCCUACCCACGCUGAACGAAAGGGACACGGAGCAGCCCACCUUGGGACAUCUUGAUUCCAAGCCCAGCAGUAAAUCCAACAUGCUGCGGGGCCGCAACUCAGCCACUUCUGCUGAUGAGCAGCCCCAUAUUGGCAACUACCGACUCCUCAAGACCAUUGGCAAGGGUAACUUUGCCAAGGUGAAGUUGGCCCGGCACAUCCUGACUGGGAAAGAGGUAGCUGUGAAGAUCAUUGACAAGACUCAACUGAACUCCUCCAGCCUUCAGAAACUGUUCCGUGAAGUAAGAAUAAUGAAGGUUUUGAAUCAUCCCAAUAUAGUUAAGUUAUUCGAAGUGAUCGAGACUGAGAAAACACUUUACCUUGUCAUGGAAUACGCUAGUGGUGGAGAAGUAUUUGAUUACCUAGUGGCUCAUGGCAGGAUGAAAGAAAAAGAGGCUCGAGCCAAAUUCCGCCAGAUAGUGUCUGCUGUGCAGUACUGUCAUCAGAAGUUUAUCGUUCAUAGAGACUUAAAGGCAGAAAACCUGCUCUUGGAUGCUGACAUGAACAUCAAGAUUGCAGACUUUGGCUUUAGCAACGAGUUCACCUUUGGGAACAAGUUGGACACCUUCUGUGGCAGUCCGCCUUAUGCUGCCCCAGAACUGUUCCAGGGCAAAAAGUAUGAUGGCCCCGAGGUGGAUGUAUGGAGCCUAGGAGUUAUCCUCUACACACUGGUCAGCGGAUCCCUGCCUUUUGAUGGACAGAACCUCAAGGAGCUUCGGGAGCGGGUACUGAGGGGAAAAUACCGUAUUCCAUUCUACAUGUCCACAGACUGUGAAAACCUGCUAAAGAAGUUUCUCAUUCUUAAUCCCAGCAAAAGAGGCACUUUAGAGCAAAUCAUGAAAGAUCGAUGGAUGAAUGUGGGUCAUGAAGAUGAUGAACUAAAGCCUUAUGUGGAACCACUCCCUGACUACAAGGACCCCCGGCGGACAGAGCUGAUGGUGUCUAUGGGUUAUACGCGCGAAGAGAUCCAGGAUUCACUGGUGGGCCAGAGGUACAACGAGGUGAUGGCCACCUACCUGCUUCUGGGCUACAAGAGCUCUGAGCUGGAAGGUGACACCAUUACCUUGAAGCCUCGGCCUUCAGCUGAUCUGACCAAUAGCAGUGCCCCAUCCCCAUCCCACAAGGUACAGCGCAGUGUCUCGGCCAAUCCCAAGCAACGGCGCUUCAGUGACCAGGCAGCUGGUCCUGCCAUUCCCACCUCCAAUUCCUACUCUAAGAAGACACAGAGUAACAACACAGAAAAUAAACGGCCUGAGGAGGACCGGGAGGCAGGGCGGAAGGCCAGCAGCACAGCCAAGGUGCCCGCCAGCCCCUUGCCUGGCAUGGAGAGGAAGAAGACCACCCCCACCCCUUCCACGAAUAGUGUCCUCUCUACCAGCACAAAUCGAAGCAGGAAUUCUCCACUUUUGGAGAGGGCCAGCCUUGGCCAGGCCUCCAUCCAGAAUGGCAAAGACAGCCUAACCAUGCCAGGGUCCCGGGCCUCCACGGCUUCUGCUUCCGCCGCAGUCUCUGCGGCCCGACCCCGCCAGCAUCAGAAAUCCAUGUCGGCCUCCGUGCACCCCAACAAGGCCACUGGGCUGCCCCCCACGGAGAGUAACUGUGAGGUGCCGCGGCCCAGCACAGCCCCUCAGCGUGUCCCUGUCGCCUCCCCCUCCGCCCACAACAUCAGCAGCAGUGGUGGAGCCCCAGAACGAACUAAUUUCCCCCGGGGUGUGUCCAGUCGAAGCACCUUCCAUGCUGGGCAGCUCCGACAGGUGCGGGACCAGCAGAAUUUGCCCUACGGUGUGACCCCAGCCUCUCCCUCUGGCCACAGCCAGGGCCGGCGGGGGGCCUCUGGGAGCAUCUUCAGCAAGUUCACCUCCAAGUUUGUACGCAGAAAUCUGUCUUUCAGGUUUGCCAGAAGGAACCCGAAUGAACCUGAAAGCAAAGACCGAGUGGAGACGCUCAGACCUCAUGUGGUAGGCGGCGGAGGCAACGAUAAAGAAAAGGAAGAGUUUCGGGAGGCCAAGCCACGUUCACUGCGCUUCACAUGGAGUAUGAAGACCACGAGCUCCAUGGAGCCCAAUGAGAUGAUGCGGGAGAUCCGCAAGGUGCUGGACGCAAACAGCUGCCAGAGCGAGCUGCACGAGAAGUACAUGCUGCUGUGCAUGCAUGGCACGCCGGGCCAUGAGGACUUCGUGCAGUGGGAGAUGGAGGUGUGCAAACUGCCGCGGCUGUCUCUCAACGGGGUUCGGUUUAAGCGGAUAUCGGGCACCUCCAUGGCCUUCAAAAACAUUGCCUCCAAAAUAGCCAAUGAGCUGAAGCUUUAACAGGCUGCCGGGAGUGGGGAGCGGCAGAGGUGCGCCAGCUGGACUUGGCUGCUGGGGCCGGCCACUCCGCCCCACUGGAUGAGACUGCAGUGAUGGAUUGGUGUGUCUCCCCUGCUGGCACUUCUCCCCUCCCUGCCCCGUCUCAGUUUUUUUUUUCCAUGUUUGUGGGGGAAGGGAGAUCGUCCUCCCCACCCCACAUUCACCCUGCCCUAAAAUUCCCCCUUCCCCUCUCUCCCCCCAGGAGGCAAAGGAAGGGGAGGGUGGGGGGGGGCAGGGCUCCCCCUUGGUACUGCGGUUGCACAGAGUAUUUCUCCUAAACCAAGAAAUUUUUUAUUACCAAAAAGAAAAAAGAAAAAAAAAAUCCCAGCGGCCACCUUUCCUCCCUGCCCCAUUGGGACAGUCGAGACUGGAUCUGUGGGGUUUCCCGGGAGGGUGGCUCAGGGCUGGAACACUCUCAGGCAAGAGUGGUGGAGUUCCCUGUCAGGCCCUCCGCCAGGCCCACUUUGGGCUUCUCCCCUCUCUUCCCCUCCUUCCCCUCCAAGUGAACCACCAGAGGUGGCCUUCCCCUGACCUCAGGCCCCUGGCUGGAGGCCUGGGCACAGGGCGCGGCAAGGGGCGGGUGGGGUGCUGCACAGCCCUGAGUGGGUGGGGCUGGCGGCAGCUCUGGGGCUGGCGAGGCAGGACAGCUGGCUGAGGCUCUGGCCUCCCUCCAUGCUGAACCCUCUGCCCCUCCUUCCCCAGAGCUGGGCAUUUCCUUCCACAAGCUGCUGUGGGGACAUUUGUUCCCCUCCUCAAAAGUCUGUGCCAUCUUCUCCCACCACUCCUCCCUCCCGGUUAGGAGGAGGGGAUGACCCCAGGGCUGGGAGAGUGGAGGGGACUGCAGGGCAGAUUGGCUCCUUGACCCCCAGGGGGCCACUUGGGCUGCUGGUCUCCAGAGUAGGGGCGCUGGGCAUUCUCCAUUAUGGGAGAGCCUUUGUCUGAAAGCACAGCCCCCCUUGCUGCUCCUCUCCCCCACGGCUUCCCCUUCAUUGGCAUUAAUCUGGGCACCAGCUCGCUCCAUUGCAGUGACUUCCCUCCCCACUCAUCAUCUCUCAGCCUUGCCUUUUCUUCCUGACACUGUCGCCCCUCCUCUCAGGAGAUGCUGCCCAGGGCCUGGGGAGGGGGGCCUGGCUGGGAUUGGGCAGCAGGGCCAGGAGCAUCUGCCUCCAUGGGGUGGGGUCAGACAGGCCAAGUGACUCUCAGCUUGCUAACCUCGUGGCCAGUGUGGGAGUGGGUAGUUGUGGGCGCUUGGCUGGUGGUGGCCACUGCAUCCCUUAAUUUAUUUCUCUGCUGUUUUCUGUUCUUGAGAAAUUGGGGGAGGGAGUCCUACACAGAGGCUGCCCCUACCCUCACCUGAGUUGUACAUUUUUUUGUGAUGGGUUUUAUUUUUUAUUUUAUUAUUUUAUUUUUAUUUUUUUUUUUUUGAUUUAUGACAGCUCCACCCUUACUCACCACCCCUACUCCCAGGCCAGGGUCAGCGACAAGGCGAGCCCUUGGGUCCCAGGAAGGGGCCUCGCCAACCUCAGCUCUCCUGCCCCACACUCCUAUAUGGCUCAGACCAAGGGCUCCCCUCCUCCCUUCCCCCCUCCUGCCCUAGGGAGCAGCCCGGGUGCUCUGAGGGGGCCGGGAGGGCAUGGCUUGGCUCCCAAGGGGGGUGGGGGCUGGAAGGGCACCCAGGCAAGGUGGCCCCUCCCCACCUCGCCCCCUCCUCUCCUGCCCUGCACUUAGUUUCUCCUCUGGAUCAAACACGUAAUAAAGAGAAUGUUUGGAAUCUGAA